AUGUUGGUCUCCAAAAAUGCGUUUGGGGCCUCCUUCAUUGCUGCACGGAACCUCCAUGCAUCUAAGGCUUGCCUGCAAAAGACUGGCACCGCCGAGGUGUCCUCCAUUCUGGAAGAGCGAAUUCUUGGUGCUGACACCUCCGUUGACCUUGAAGAGACUGGACGGGUCCUGAGCAUUGGUGAUGGUAUUGCUCGGGGUAUGUCUCUGAACUUGGAGCCUGACAAUGUCGGUGUUGUCGUGUUUGGAAACGAUAAGCUCAUCAAGGAAGGCGACAUCGUGAAGAGGACCGGAGCCAUUGUGGACGUCCCAGUUGGCGAGGAGCUACUGGGCCGUGUGGUGGAUGCCCUUGGGAAUGCCAUUGAUGGAAAGGGUCCAAUUGGUUCCAAGACCCGUAGGCGAGUUGGACUGAAAGCCCCUGGAAUCAUUCCUCGGAUUUCUGUGCGUGAACCAAUGCAGACCGGCAUUAAGGCUGUGGACAGUUUGGUGCCGAUCGGUCGUGGUCAGCGUGAGCUGAUUAUUGGGGACCGACAGACUGGCAAAACAUCCAUUGCUAUUGACACCAUCAUUAACCAGAAACGCUUCAAUGACGGAACUGACGAGAAGAAGAAGCUGUACUGUAUCUACGUUGCUAUUGGUCAGAAGAGGUCCACUGUUGCCCAGUUGGUGAAGAGGCUUACAGAUGCAGAUGCCAUGAAGUACACCAUUGUGGUUUCGGCUACAGCUUCGGAUGCUGCCCCUCUUCAAUACCUGGCUCCGUACUCGGGCUGUUCAAUGGGAGAGUAUUUUAGGGACAACGGCAAGCACGCUUUAAUCAUCUAUGACGACUUAUCCAAGCAGGCUGUGGCUUACCGUCAGAUGUCCCUGCUGCUGCGCCGGCCCCCCGGGCGCGAGGCCUACCCUGGGGAUGUGUUCUACCUGCACUCCCGUCUGCUGGAACGAGCCGCCAAAAUGAACGACUCUUUUGGUGGUGGCUCCUUGACCGCCCUUCCAGUCAUUGAAACACAGGCUGGUGAUGUGUCCGCUUAUAUUCCAACCAAUGUCAUUUCCAUUACCGAUGGACAGAUCUUCUUGGAAACAGAGUUGUUCUACAAAGGUAUCCGCCCUGCCAUUAACGUUGGCUUGUCUGUGUCCCGUGUUGGGUCUGCUGCCCAAACCAGGGCCAUGAAGCAGGUGGCAGGCACCAUGAAGCUGGAAUUGGCCCAGUAUCGGGAAGUGGCUGCUUUUGCCCAGUUUGGUUCUGACCUUGAUGCCGCCACUCAGCAGCUCUUGAGUCGGGGUGUGCGUCUGACUGAGUUGCUGAAGCAAGGACAGUACUCUCCCAUGGCUAUUGAAGAGCAAGUGGCUGUCAUCUACGCUGGCGUGAGGGGUUAUCUUGAUAAGCUCGAGCCCAGCAAGAUCACCAAGUUUGAGAAUGCUUUCUUGUCCCAUGUCAUCAGCCAGCACCAGGCUCUGCUGGGCAACAUCAGAGCUGAUGGAAAGAUCUCCGAACAGUCAGACGCAAAGCUGAAAGAGAUUGUCACCAACUUUUUGGCUGGAUUUGACGCUUGAACGCCUGUGGAUUCACGUCAGAUGUCGGCUUUGCUUUUGUCUUUGUUUCUUCUAGUAAUCAGUUUUAUUUGUGAAAGGAUUACUUAUGUCCCUGUACAGAAAUCAGGUUAAAAAUAAAAGCUCCAGGCGGCUUGGUGGUUUUCUGUAA